CGCAGCCCCAUCUUGACGAGUCGUAAGCAGCCAUGCUCUCCGUCCGUGUCCCUCUCGCCACCAUCGCUGACCCGCAGCAGCAGCAUCCCCUCCAGCUCUCGCCCAUGAAGGGGCUCAGCCUGGCGGACAAGGAGAACACUCCCCCGUCCCUCAGCGGGACCCGCGUGCUGGCCAGCAAGACCGCGAGGAGGAUCUUCCAGGAGCCCGCCGAGCCACAGAACCCUAAGCUAUCUGCCCCCAGUGUGGAGGAGGAACCACUUCUGAAAGAAAACCCCCGCCGCUUUGUCAUCUUUCCUAUCGAAUACCAUGAUAUCUGGCAGAUGUAUAAGAAAGCUGAGGCUUCCUUUUGGACAGCUGAGGAGGUGGACCUUUCCAAGGACAUUCAGCACUGGGAAGCCCUGAAGCCUGAGGAGAGAUAUUUCAUUUCGCAUGUUCUGGCUUUCUUUGCAGCAAGUGAUGGCAUAGUAAAUGAAAACUUGGUGGAGCGGUUUAGCCAAGAAGUUCAGAUUACGGAAGCCCGUUGUUUCUAUGGCUUCCAAAUUGCCAUGGAAAACAUACAUUCUGAAAUGUAUAGUCUCCUCAUUGACACUUACAUUAAAGAUUCCAAAGAAAGGGAAUUUCUCUUCAACGCCAUUGAGACAAUGCCUUGUGUAAAGAAGAAGGCAGAUUGGGCCUUGUGCUGGAUUGGGGACAAAGAGGCUACGUAUGGAGAACGUGUCGUAGCCUUUGCUGCAGUGGAAGGAAUCUUCUUUUCUGGUUCUUUUGCAUCGAUAUUCUGGCUCAAAAAACGAGGACUGAUGCCUGGCCUCACAUUUUCCAAUGAACUUAUUAGCAGAGACGAGGGUUUACACUGUGACUUUGCCUGCCUGAUGUUCAAACACCUGCUACACAAACCUUCGGAGCAGAGAGUCAAAGAUAUCAUCGUCAAUGCAGUUAGGAUAGAACAGGAGUUCCUCACGGAGGCCCUGCCAGUGAAGCUCAUUGGAAUGAAUUGCACUUUGAUGAAGCAGUACAUCGAAUUCGUGGCAGACAGACUCAUGCUGGAGCUGGGUUUUAGCAAGGUUUUCAGAGUAGAAAAUCCAUUUGACUUUAUGGAGAAUAUUUCACUGGAAGGGAAGACUAACUUCUUUGAGAAGAGAGUAGGCGAGUAUCAGAGGAUGGGAGUGAUGUCCAGUCCGACAGAGAAUUCCUUUACCUUGGAUGCUGACUUCUAAGUGAACUGAAGAUGUGCUCUUAGUUUGCUGAUUUUUCUUCUUUUCCUUCUCAUCAAAAGAGAAGAAAAUCAGCUACUUGAACUGUAUUAACCAGCUACACCAUAAAUCGCCCAUAAAGUUCAUUAAUGGCAUGUUUAAAACUGUGUAGCUACCUCAAAAUCAAUCCUGUUAAUGCUAGUGGGGUCACCUAGAUUGAAAGCGUAGACAGAAGCUACUCGGAUUCUUACGAAAGAUCUUGUCCAUGUUUGGCGUUUGCAAGCAGGCUGGCUGUACACGACUUCACCCUGGCUCUUAACAGCACCUUCCUUGGCCUCAAAGUGUGGGGAGUCAAGUGAGUUUGAUCCGGCAGGAUUAGACAGUUACAACCACGAGGCAGUAGGAAGACAAGAGACUCACUGCUUCAGAUUUUAAAGCAGAUUUUAAAGUUUACUUAUGAUUUGUAUAUAAAACUGGCACUUUACACACAAAUAAACAUAGUUUGUACUGUCAGGGUGAAGGCUUGAUUUAACCUACAUUUGUUGGUUUCUACACCAAAUACAAAAGUUUUCUGUUUACCACUAACAGAAUUCAAGAUUUACUAGGUGAUCAAAGUAGGUUAAGCCUGUGUAAACUAAGGGUGUCGUUUUUAUUCUUUCUUUCCUUUGAUGAAUUGAAGAGCUCUUGAACUCAAUCCUGUGCACACUUAGGUAUCAGUAUCAGCCAGGUGGUGCCACAGAGAACACAGGCUGGUUCUGUGUUCUGUAGCCCACGUUGAGUGUCGCGGGAUAAGAGAUGUGGAGAAAGGAGACUCUUAGGUCAUUAGGAACUGGAGUGUGAUCCGGACUCACUGUGGGCAACCUGGGUGUGCCUGAGGGGCGGUAUCAUUUAAUUUCUCAAAUUGUAUGUCCCCCAACUUCAAGUUAGUAUGAAAGAUCCUUGAAGAGUUUUCCUAGCUGGGAUCCAAGAUAUUAACUUUGUAAAUUGGUUUUCAAAUUAUCCUUGAAUGAAAGGACCCACAUAAGAUCUUUCUCCUAUUAAGUGGUAAAACCAGGACUGAAAUUGCUUCUCCUAAAAGUUGAGUGUUUAUUCUGAUUUUGUUUAAUUUGUGUGUAAGUAGGUACUGUUGACUUAACCAUUUGUACUUUACUUUUAAGUUAGAAAGUUGUUCUGCUAUAUUUUUUUUAUAUCAUAUCUGUAGUUCAUACUUUUUUUUUUUUUUCUCUUUUCCUUUCUUUCUUUGCGGUACGCGGGCCUCUCACUGCUGUGGCCUCCCCCGUUGCGGAGCACAGGCUCCGGACGCGCAGGCUCAGCGGCCAUGGCUCAUGGGCCCAGCCGCUCCGCGGCAUGUGAGAUCCUCCCGGACCGGGGCACGAACCUGUGUCCCCUGCAUCGGCAGGCAGUCUCUCAACCACUGCGCCACCAGGGAAGCCCUGUAGUUCAUACUUAGAAAUGGUUACCCAGUAUUAUUUUGCAGUUCAUAAUUGAUAGAGUGAAUAUUGUUCAGUGCAAUUGCUCCUAGGAUUUGCCUAAAUGUGAACAUCCAUCUACUGGAUUCUUAAACUUCAGUAGAAAGCUAGUGUUCUGUGAAUAAUUAAUACAUGUUCCACUCAAAUAUUAAUUUCAGAAGAAAGUAUGAACUUAAUAGAUAUAUUUAAUAGGGCUAGUUUGAAUCAAUCUGCCUUUAUGUUCCCUCCCCCUCCAAAAAAGAUGUUACGUGGAAGGUAAUGCAUGACACACACCGAUCAUUUGGCCACGUUUGUUAACACAUUGUGUUGUGUGUUGGCUGACCACUGGCCUGUUCUACUGUCAGUUUUCUUCAUUUAUUGUAUUAAUAUAAAUGGUAAAAUAGUCAAUUUAAAAAUUUCUGUAAUAUGGGACCCUUUUCUACCUUUUAAAUUAUUGUUAUAAAGUUAAUCUAGAUUAUAUGGUUCUUACACUUGUGCAACACAAAAAUAAACACUUUGGCGUUGUCAGGUACAGGUGGCACUUGGAAGCAGAUUUUAGGAUUCUACCUCCCAUUAGCUGUGUGAUACAAGCACUAGCUUCUGCCAACUAAGAUUCGGUUUUUUAAUCUGUUUAAAGGGAAACUUUUUGUCUAAAGCAUUUCAAAGUCCUGAUAUU